GGUUGUGGAUGCAGACAGACGCCAUUUUGUUUCUUUCUCGACCGCGUUGUCGGCGUUCGCAUGAUCGGUUUUGUUUUUAACUGCGAUCUAAAAGUAGAGUAAUAGUGCUUAUUCAAUAAUAGUAGACGUUUUGUUAUUUCUUUUGUUUUGUGCAGCAUGUCGGAUCGAGAGAGAAGCCGCUCGAGGACCCGUAACGGGUCUCGGGAGCCAGUACCAAAGCCACCGACGAUGUCUCGGGGACACACCAGAAGCCGGUCCAGAACACCGCCGCCGCCAAAAACGUCAAGCCGGAAGUACAGGAGCCCGUCUGACGAUCAGCGUCAACCCGAGCCAAGCAAAGCCAACAGCAGUCAUGCAUAUAAGACGUGUGUGUCCAGGACGCGUUCGCGCUCAGUGUCGCCGCGGCGCUAUCGCUCGUCGCGCUACUCGCGCUCGCGCUCGCGCUCGUACACGCCGCGCGGCCGCUCCCACUCGCACAGCCCCAUGUCGUCGCGGCGGCGGCACAUGGGCGACAGGGUGAGUGGUGAGAACCCAACACCAUCCCGGUGCCUCGGAGUUUUUGGACUGAGUCUCUAUACUACGGAACAGCAAAUUCAUCAUAUUUUCUCCAAAUAUGGCCAAGUUGACAAAGUUCAAGUUGUUAUUGACGCAAAGACUGGACGCUCCCGCGGUUUCUGCUUCGUCUAUUUUGAGUCACAAGAGAACGCCAAAGUGGCGAAGAACGAGUGCACAGGCAUGGAGAUCGACGGCAGGAGGAUUCGGGUUGACUUCUCUAUCACGCAGAGGGCGCACACGCCCACGCCCGGGAUCUAUAUGGGGAAACCUACACAUCUCGGACGAGGCGACAAUGGAUAUGACAGACGCGGUCGCGACAGAGACGACUACUACUACCGCGGCGGCGGCGGCGGCGGCGGGUACCGGGAGCGCGACUACUACGCGCGCGGCUACCGGCACCGCUCGCCCUCGCCGCACUACCGCCGCUCGCGCCGCUACGAGCGGGAGCGCUCCUACUCGCCGCGUCGGUAUUAGUCUCGCGACGGUGACGUCACUUCAGACAUUUUUUAUACACCACCACUUCCCAAAUGUAGCCGGAAAUGCAUUUAAACAGUACCUGUUGUGACCGGUUUAAAACAGUCAAUAGUGUUAGCUCACGAGUGAUAAGGGUUCUAGUUGUAAGUUAGCGUUACGUUAGACGCCACUAGAUGUAAUAAAAUAUUAGAUGAUAAUAAAGAUUUACAACUAAGUCUAAUAUUGAUUUUGUUUGUUUGAAAAGGUAUUGAAACAAGAAGUAAAGGAUGAAGUUCCUUGAAAAACUAACUGUGUUGAAGUUUUGAAUUUUGAAAUCUAUAUUGGUCGCCGAAAGAAGGGGCCGCCGGCUUGAGCUCGCGCUACCGGCCAGAACCGAAGUUUCGCGAAACUUGUAAAGAAUAUGAUCGUGUCGAAGUCGCGUGUGAGUCGACCACGAAGAAGAUUGCCCUCAGAUCAUAUUCUUUCAACAAAUUGUUUCCAAUACAUUAACACACCCCACACACAGAUAUUUUUUGAGUGACUCGUGCGUAUUUCUGUUCGAUUCCGUAGUAUUUUGUAUUUUAUAUAUUAUUAUUAUUAUUAUUUAGUUUGGUGAUAUCGUAUUUUAGUGUAGACUUGUGUUGUGAACGAGUUGUUAAUAAAUAAUGAUUUUUUUAAAUAA